AUGGAACUGAAUGAAGAUAUUGUUGUGGAUAUCAUCUCCCGCUUACCCGUGAAGCUAGCAGUUCAAUGUAAAGUUCUAAGCAAAAGUUUCAACAAUAAACUCUGUGAACCAAAUAUUUCACAAAGUUUUGCUUCACGAUGGUUUCGUGAUCAAAAUAUUACUAAUCUACUCAUCUGUUCGACACCAUCACCCACACAAUCAUCAUAUGAAAUAUCAAACUAUUCUCGUAAAUUCUUUUGCAGCAACCCUAGGCUCCGACUUGGGUACGAAAGACGAUCUUCAUCACUUAACGUUUCACUUUUGACCUCUUGCAAGGGUCUCCUUCUCCUUGAAUUUCAUAAAUUUAAAACUUUCUGUAUUUUUAAUCCUAUAACGAAAGUGCACCAAUUGAUACCUUAUCCUGAGCCUACAAAUUAUUUUUCUACUGUGGGCGGAGGCGCAGGAUUAGCCAUUGAUCAUCCAACUACAAAUCACAAUUAUAAAUUGGUGACUGUUGGGAUGCUGAAUAAAUGCCGAGGAUAUAGAUUUAGAGUAUUUUCAUCGGAAGAAGCUGGAGUUGUAUGGCAUGAAUUCCAAUUUUUGAAAGAGGUAUAUUAUCGUACUUCCAUAGUCGGUCCACAACCUGUUUACGUGCACGAUUGCUUGCAUUGGCUCACGAGUGACGGUAAUGUUCUUGCUUUUGAUACAAAGAGUAGUACCGGACAGGCUACAAUUAUUAACCUACCUCGCGAAGUCCUCCAUGUUUAUUUAAAUGAUCCUAUGUACGGUGCUAUUAAUUUCAUGUUCGAUGCAGUUUUGGAGUUGGUACGUGGUGUACUUGCCCUCGUUUGUUCAUUCAAGAAAUUCAUAGUCAUUUUUGGUUAUGAUUAUGUAAGCCGCAAAUGGAAAGUUUCAUACACAUUGCCUAACUUCAAGCCGGAUCUGGUGGGACGUGUUGGUGGUCCUGCUUCUCCAAUAUGUUUUGAUGGGGAAAAGUUGUUUAUCUUCGGAAGAUAUAGGGCUGCACUGCGGACUGGAUAUCUGUACGAGUAUGUUAUAGAGAUGAAGACGUAUAAAAAAGUAGGUGAAGUUUUUAAUAUGCUUAGUGCUAUCUUCUUCUCGUGGGAACCAACAUUAGCCCGUAUCCCUAAGACAGAGCUUCCCCCUUACAAAGUCCACUCUAAACAUUUCCCAGAGAUUACUGCAACAUUAGACGAGCUCCGAUGUCUGAUUGCUUGUAAACCUCGAGUUGAUCGUGUCACGAAAACAGCCAUAAAUAAUUAUAGGUUGUUAGCUGUUAUUGGUUCUCAAUACUAA